CCGGUCCAACUUUGGAAUUCGAUGUUAUGGUUGAGGCAGAUGAAAUUACAAUCAACAAUUUGGCUGUCAAGAAUCCAAAUGUUUCGGAUGAGGAUAUUGCUUACGAAGGACCUGAGUUCUCGAGUUUGGAUGCGGAACUGCAUGAAGCUUUCCACACAUAUUUGGAAGUCAGAGGGAUUAAACCAAGCAUUGCCAAUUUCUUACAUGACUACAUGGUUAAGAAAGAGCAUAAGGAAUACACUGCGUGGUUGAAGAACUUGAAGAAUUUCAUUGCCAACUAGAUGUUGCUCGAGUUCAAGAGCUUUUGAAGGUUAAAUACUCUUGCGCAGGGUUAGGAAA